GAAUGUCAGUGGUGGUUUUAGAUGCUGUUUUCAUUGGAAAACAAUAACCCUCUUCCUAUACACCUCAGUGGGCUAUUGCAUUAUAACGUGAAGCGCGGGCAUGUGCGCGUCCAGAUGUGAAUUCGGGGCUGAAGUUGUCAUCCGGUAGAGGGCGGAGUGAGAGAGAGAAAGUGAAGAGUGGGCAAGCUGGAGCUGCAGAGGGCUAGAGCUGCGGAAAGGAGCGGACAUGGGCUGCAGCGGAUGCCGGGUACCUGCAGCCUGAGUGCGGGCGGGAUGAGAGUCGGGAGUCGGGGGUCCUCCGGUUGGCUGAAAGGUUUAUAUUAGCUCGAGUCGUGGUUUGAGAGAAUAGUCUGGUGUCCGGUGCGCGCCCUCCCACCCACACACACACACGCACUCACGCACUCACUCACUCACUCACUCACACGUCUUAAGAACAGCGGGAGAUGCAUUACGUCAUAGCCUCCCGUCGCCCUAGAUGACCGCGCGCGCAGGACGGGAUGAUGCAGGGCUGCUGGACUAGAACAGGAACGGAUUCCGCUGCUGCUGCUGCUGCUGCUGCUGCUGCUGCUGCUACUCGGGAGCUCCCGGUGGCGCUGACUCGACCUGACGAGGAAGAAGGGGAGCCGCCGUCGCGCGGCCGCCGGCUCUGAUGGCUCCUCGCACCCCGGGCGGGAAAGAGACACAGCAGUCGCCGCGGCGCGAGAGGGAAGGGGGCAGCAGGAAUCUGGGAAGUGACGUGGUAUCCGCGCCCCGCGAGAAAGCACAACGGUGCGGUUGUCGUGCGUUUCGCAGGAGGGCAGGAGCGGCAAGGGGAACAUGGCCGCGCAGUCGGACGGCUGCAAAGCCGGGGUCGGGUACGGCAGCGGCGGGUUCGCCCAGCUGUACGAUGUUGAUGCCGAGGAGCCGCUGGACUCCGCCGCCAUCCACAUCUGUCAGUGCUGCCGCACCUCCGCUUGCUACUGGGGCUGCCGCUCAGCCUGCCUCGGUUCCCUGCUCGGUGGGGGCCAGCCUGCCGGAGGGGUCGGCAUCCGGGAGACUCACUGCCCGCCUCGGGAGCAGCUGUGGCUGGACUGCCUCUGGAUCAUCCUCGCCCUCCUUGUCUUCUUCUGGGACGUUGGGACGGACCUGUGCCUGGCGGUGGACUACUAUCGCAGGCAGGACUACCUCUGGUUCGGCCUCACUCUCUUCUUCGUACUGGUGCCGUCGGUGCUGGUCCAAAUACUGAGUUUCCGCUGGUUCGUGCAGGAUUCCACCGGCGGGGGGCUCGGGGAGGUGGAGGGGCUGACCAAGCGGGGCGCAGUGGCUCUGGGGUGCCUAUAUCCCGGCAGGGACCGCCUGCAGCUGGCCACUAUCUGGCUGUGGCAGGCCACCAUACACAUCCUCCAGCUGGGACAAGUGUGGAGGUACAUCAGGACACUGUACCUGGGCAUCAUGUCGCGUCGGCAGAAGGAGCAUCAGAGGCGCUGGUACUGGGCCAUGAUGUUCGAGUACGCAGACGUCAACAUGCUGCGGCUGCUGGAGACCUUCCUGGAGUCUGCGCCUCAGCUGGUCCUGCAGCUCUGCAUCAUGAUCCGGGAGAACCGAGCCGAGACGCUGCAGUGCAUCUCCUCCCUGGGCUCCCUCUUGUCUCUCGCCUGGGUUCUGGCCUCCUACCACAAACUGCUGCGAGAUUCUCGUGAUGACCAGCGCAGCAUGAGCUACCGCGGGGCGCUGCUGCACCUCUUCUGGCGCCUCUUCACCAUCUCGUCCCGCGUCCUCUCACUUGCCCUCUUUGCCUCCCUCUUCCACAUCUACUUCGGCAUCUUUGUAGUUCUCCACUGGUGCGCCAUGGCCUUCUGGGUCGUGCACGGAGGCACCGACUUCUGUAUGUCCAAGUGGGAGGAGGUGCUCUUCAAUAUGGUGGUUGGCAUCGUCUACAUCUUCUGCUGGUUUAACGUGAAGGAGGGCCGGACGCGCUACAGAAUGGUGGCAUACUACAUUGUGGUGUUGGCCGAGAACACCAUCCUCACAGGGUUGUGGUACGCCUACAGGGACCCAGUGUUGACUGACUCCUACGCCGUCCCAGCGCUGUGUAGCGUCUACCUGACGUUCGCCGGCGGCGUCGUGGUCAUGCUGUUGUACUACGGCUUUCUGCACCCUGCUACCAUCCACCUCCAGCCAAGCCCCGCAUCGUCCUGCUGCGCCCAGCUUCUUUGGGGUCUGCCCCUUCCCCCAUCAGCCCCGCCCACCGCCCCACCCACCCCGGCCCACAUGACCAAAUCACAGACGGAAGAGGAUGUGGCCGAGACGUGCCUUCCCGUCUUCCAGGUGAGGUCGGCGCCCCCCACCUCCAAGCCCGAGGGCCCACUCAUAAAAAUUGACAUGCCCAGGAAACGUUACCCAGCAUGGGAUGCCCACUACGUAGACAGGCGCCUGCGGAGGACUAUAAACAUCCUGCAGUACAUAACGCCAGCCGCCGUGGGCAUCCGCUACCGUGACGGACCCCUGCUGUAUGAACUGUUGCAGUAUGAGUCCUCACUCUGACACACACACACGUCAAGAAACACACAUCAGUACACAUAAGCACAUACGCACCAUGAAAACACAUGUAUGUAUACAUGAGUGUUCAGAUUCAGAGAAGAUUUAGAAGCACUCUCCACACGCACAACGUCGCACUUGAUGUAAGCACACAGAUUCAAAAGCAAUCUGUCACACUUUAAUGCGCCCACACACUCACAAACAAACGCACACAUUCCUUGCGGGCACCUACGACCUGCGAGUCCCAUGGCCAUGACUCAACAAGCUGCUUCAGCGCGAGUCCGUCUCUUUCUCUCUUUAUCCUUCUGUGUCUCUAUUUCCAGCUCAUAUGAUCACCCUUCAUCUGUUCUCACUGAUUUAAUUUCACACAUCCGCGCUCCGCUGUGAAGAAAAAACAAAACAGUCAAAAAUGAGCGCCAGAGUCUUUGACCACCGCAUGCCGUUUGCGUUGCGUCUCUCAUACUUUCACGGGUUUCUGUAGAAUAAAAACAUGUGACACAAAGAAAGAACAAACGUCACUUUUAAUAAAAGGAGUUUAUGAACAUGUCGUCGUUAGUCUAGUCAAAAGAUAGUGUAUAUAUUUUCUAUGUACAGAAGGGUUAUUUUUUAUGUACCGUUACGUUGUUGUCGACUGGGGAUAAAGUAGUUGGACACUGCUGGGGUUACCUGGGAGAGAAGCAAAGCGUGAUGGGAAUGAUGGAGACAAAGAGGGUAUUAGCAUCUACUGCGCACUCAAACAAACUGAGAAACUUCAGAGUUUGCACUACUGUCUCUUGCAGCAAUAGUUUGGACAUUUUGGGAAAUAAACAUUUUUAUGCCAGAGUUAGUUGAGUGGAUCAAUACCACUCCCAUGUGUAUACACAAAUAAUGAAACUAAAGCCAGGGGACAAUUAGCUUAGCUUAGCAUAAAAACUGAAAGCUGGUAGAAGCAGUUAGUCUAGUUAUGUUCAAAGUUAAAGACCUUUCCCUACCAGAACCUCUGAAGCUCAUAAAUUAGCAUGUUGUGGCUACUUUUUGACAUGUCGCAGUGACUCCCUGGAGUCUUGCCCAGCCAAAAAAUAGUUACAGUAAAUAGCUUCAAAUUUAGAGGUGUUAGCAUAGCCGAAUUUUUAAACUUUGGAAACUUUAUGAUAAUCUAGCACAAAUGUCUGCUGGUUGUAGCUUCACACUUAAAGGAAAAAAGUUAAAUAGUAGUAUCAAUCUUGACCUAAACCAGAGAAAAGGCACAUUUCCCAAAAUAUCAAACACUAAAUACACUACAUUGAGCGACAGUUAGCAACAUUAGCUCUAAAAGUAAAAGGCUGCAGCAGCUCAAGAACUCUAUUACAAUGUCUUGUUCUUGUUCCUGAAUGGCUGGCAAUGUGAAACUAUGUACAACAAAACAUUUACUGUGCCAAAAUCACUGUGUCGUGGAAGAAUAUGUGGUUUCAUGCCUGAAAUAGUUUAAAAACGAAACUGGCGUCGGCUUUGCUGGAUUAGAUCAUAGACUGCAUAUAAAGACGAAUCCCCACCUCCUUCUGUACAACAAUUAGGCCAAAAUAUUGCUGAUAUACUAGGUGCUGCCAGCUUGCACUGAUGACAUCAUUUGAAGCGAGAGGGGUUGGAGCCACAGUAUCAAGGCCCCGCCCAUACACCCGGGCUGACUCAAUCGCGAGUUGGGCUGUCAUGACAUGAAACCCCCUUUUUUAGCAUCAAAUGUUAAUUAAUUUAAAUAAAAUAAAUUAAAUUAAUUAAGCCAAACUUAUCAGACAAAAUUACCACUUUAACAUACAUCAGUGGGGUAAGCAUGUCCCCUUUGCUAACAUGGAGGGGGCAGGGUUUUCGACUGCAGCGAGCCACCAGGGGCCUUCACUUUUGCGGAGCUGUCAUGUCGUCCAUCUUUAUAUACAGUGUAUGAGUUAGACAGCUGAGAAAAUAGCAAGAAAUAAAGUUUUAAACAUUACGAAUCUAGAGGCCAUAUACUAAAAAACAAAUGUUUUUAUUGGCCUGUCUGUUGUAGUCACCUUUUCUCACUCAGCAUCUUGUAUGCUAAGGUGUUAACAUGGAGCUAGAGCUAAAGACCUGCUGUGGACAGAUGGAUCACUAGUUAAUAGUCAGUGUGUAAUGUGCCACUAGUCAAUGUGCCAAUCUCCCGAAAACCCUUUAAUACUUAUUCUUAAAAACUUACCAGUGUAGACUAAUCCAUGGUUCUGAGACCUGAAGUAUAAAAGCAGGCCAUUAAACAUUAAAAAUACCAGACCAGAGAUUUUAAAUUAGUCAAACAGAGAAGAAUCAAAAACAACAGUAGCACCAUCAUCUUACAUAUAAACGUCCAUGUUAGCAGAAGAAGCGUUAGUGCCUGCUGAUGUUUUUAGUCUUACUAAUGUAUGGUUAAAUUAUAUAUCAUCGUUACACCACAACUCAUAGAGAACAGGAAGGAACAUAAGGCAGUGUUUUGUGAGUGUGUAUGUCGUCUGGAGGGGUCAAGUAGUUGUUCUCCAUCGUUUGCUGUUAUGCUUAGAGGGGUCGUGGGAGGUUAGAUUUUCUUCAGUUAUUCCGUCCACGGUUGCAAAUGGUUGCGUCGGUUAACCUUGCUAGACGAUGAAAUAAAAUCAUCAAGUCAUCUCCAAAUUUUCAGCAGAGAGAUCAAAUGCAAGACUAAUUAUUUUUGAUCUAUGUCUACCAGCAGUUACCAGUGUGUGAUGUCUUAAUCAUAUUGUCCCACACUAACAGGGUGCUGCCACUGAAGCUGAUAUGAAACAGUUUUGGACUUCAGUCGUCACAACCCUCUCGAUGACUUGUCUACUCCUGUAAAGCGUCCAAUAUCAACUCCUCCAAAGCCACCCACGGCUGAGCUGUGAUGUAUGGCUCAUUAUUUAUUUUUUUGGUGUGUUUAUCCCUGUAAUCCAAGCUGUUACAUUGGCAGGCGACAACAAAUGAGCCAAGAUAUCAGUCAUCAGCCCGUCGACAGGAAAGUUGCAUCUGAAUCACACGCUGUGGGAGGGGCGCCCAAACACCGCGUGGCGGCGAGUACACAUGAGGGUUUGGAAAGUGGUGAAAGUGUAUUUGCCAUCCAAAGCUCCGCACUUUAUCUCCAGUCCCACGUCAGUGGUAGAACAGGUGAAUCUCAGCUAUGAGCCAUUUCAGAUGGUGCAACUAGAAAAGAUGAACACACACAUGCUUCUUAUUAUUGCUGUUGUCCAAGAGGAUCGAGCAGGUGAUAGUGAAAGAUAUUGGGAGUGCAUAAAGAGUGUUAAAAGGGAUACUUUAACAUUUUUUGAGGGGAUUUCUAAACUCAUAUGUUUCUUCUCUAGGCGUGUCAAAUUGUUAAAAAUAUUAACAUAUCUUUUUAGUGACUGAAACAAUUACUUGAUUAGCUGAUUAAUAGAAAGCUACUUGACAACAAUUGGAUUGAUUAAGUCAGUAAUCAAAUAAAUGCCAUUUUCCAGCUUCUCAAGAAUGAGAUUUGGACCAGUGGUUCCCAAUCUGUUUGGCUUGUGACCCCUUAAAGGAGCACUCCACCGAUUUAGCAUUGCACACCUAUAACAUUGUCAGACUCACAAUGGACAGUUAAAAAAAACCAAACACAGCUCAACGACCAACAGUUCGGACAGAGAGUUGAGUGUGUUAUGUUAGCGGUAGCUAAUGUAGCUUCAAGCUGUUAGACUCAAGCAGAGAUGUGGAGCCGGCUACAGAUGUCUGGAAACCUCCCUUCUCUCUAACUCCACACCCCAAGAUAAGUACUUGUAGUAUUCAGCCCCAACUGAUACUGACUUCAGUAGUACUCCCCAAGACCUGAUAAGUGUAAUAGCAAAGAAAAGUCAACUUGUCGCGACCUGUCAGCACUGGUUAGGACCAGUACAACCAAUAGGUUAUUUUGUCUGUGUGUUUUUGUUUUAUCUGAUUAAUUUUCAGAGGUCUGAAGAGAUACAAUUAUUCAAGAAUUUACAAAAGAGCAAAUCCCCUAAGAUUUAUCUUGCGACCCUUAGUGGGGUCCCCACCCCCAGGUUGGGAACCACUGUUGAAGACUAAAUGAUCCAUCAGUUAAUCUAAAAAUAAUUAUAACAGAUUAAUACAUCAUUAAAAUGAUAUUAUUAUUAUUUUACAGCCAAAUGAGGCAGGUGAAAAAAAGACUAUGAUCAAAAAUGUUGACAUAUCCCUUUACGUUUGAACAAUGUGAACAAAAAGUGAGCUUACUUUACUUUUCUGUGGUGCUAGUAGAUUAAAUACAAAUCAGUUAAUUUGCUACUGCUUCAAAUUAGCAAAAGAUUCAUUAGGUGCGAUCGCGUUACAGAAGCAGCAGCAUCGGUUCAUAUGGUGCAACACACUCAAGCUACAGAGUCAAUUGGCUGCUAAUCCCACUUCAUAUGGUGCAAGUAUGAAACACACAUGUACUUAUGGUGCAAUAAGGGCAGAUUGUCUCUUUGAAAUCUAUGGUGCAACUUCAGUACUGCCUUCAGUUAUCGGCCAAGGCUGUGCCAAAGGCUCCGUCCAAAUGGACAACUGCUCUUCCUGUCCUGCAGAAGCUAUGCAAGUCUCCAACGCAGGGAGAUGUGCUUAGUGUACACGCUCACACACACACACACACACACACACACACACACACACACACACACACAUACAUACACAUACAUACAGGGUUUUCCUCCACACGCAGGGAGAUAUGCUUAGCACAAACAUGCAGACACACAGGGAAAAGUAGUGUAACAACAUGGGAUGUAUCCCUACCUCACCGCUUGAACACACAUAAACACACACGCACACACUAACGUCCAAUAAUCCCUUACCCCUUUAUAAUUUGGGAACAAUAUUCAUAUGGUGCUAUUGAGUAAAGCUGGGUGGUUUUUGUAUAGUUGUGGUUACAGAGGAAUGAAGAAUUUGGCCAAGUAUGUUGAUUGUUUCACAUUCAGAUCGUUUGAAUAAUGUAAUUCACUCAAUCUGGGUUUCCUCGUGGACAGAGUGUACAUAAAAACAGCAACACCUUCUGCCUCUGUGAAAACUGAGUGACACAUAAAAGCUGCAAUGCCUUAUUCACUCGACAGAAGUGGAGGUGGAAUUUUUUUCAAGCUAUCUGAGUCAUGGUUAUGAACAAAAAAGAAAAACUUCAGGAGGGUGGUGCUAAUUUUUUGGUACACUCUGAUGUGGACGUGCAAUGUACAUUAAGCAUGGGAUCAGUGUGUCAGAGCACAGAAGUAAAAGGUAUACAGCAUACUGUGUUAGCACGCUGUCCUAACAACUUGAAUAUGUGACAUAUAGAGAACACAGUUAGACGAAUAUUUGUUAGUUUCACAGAUCGUGCUCGUGAAUUUCUUGCAUGAAUGUUCUUGAUAUGAAGGCACAUGUGCUCCUACACGGUAGUGGUUACUGCAGAGGCUUAAAGGUUUGAAGAGUCACAGCUUCGUAUGUGCUUCUGGGUGGUUAACAGGGAGAUUUAUGUUGAGCUGCCCAGAACUAUAGCCACUGGCUUUUCCCUUCCCUGGCACCUGGACCCAAACCAUGGCCCCUUUGCACCCAGAGCUCCAGCCAAUCACAGAUCAGGUUUAACACAGCCAAAUCAGGUCUGAUACAACCAAAAAACACAACUCCUUCUUUAUAUAGAAGUAUUCAUGUGUGGCAUUCAGACUCGGCUGUAGCUACAUAAACUGCAGGUAUCAUACCUUCCUACCAUGUCCAUUUUGUUUGACCCUUCAGAUCACCCAGCGAUCAAAAAGUCAUGGAUCCACACUCUACAGUUGAGUCUGUACGCUACAAAUGAAACCCCAAAACCCUGAGCCUUAGCCAGGCCCACUCUGUAAGGAAUUAAAAUCAAGUCAGUGUUAUUGUAUGGCUACACAUCCACAGCUAUGCAAGACAGACAGAACGGUUCUGGGCUUGGAUAACCUUUACAAACAUACCACAUCACUGUUCUUAUGUAUUGCCUGUUCUUAUUUCAAUUCAAUGUUUUGCAUUUUUUUUCUUUGUUUGCAGAGAAAAGGAAACCAGAAAGUGUUAACAUGCAAACAUGUGAUGUACUAUUUGUUUAUGAUAAUUUGGUAGUCCUGCAGAUCAUUUCUAUGGACUUAAAUUACAUUUUUCCCUAAAUAGUUUGUCUUUUGAUGGGUUAAAAUUGGUCGGGGGGGGGGUAACUGUGCAAUGCACCUGUCCCUUGGUAAUAACCAGGAUUGAUACAACCUCCUGAGACAGGAAUGUGCAACUGAUUGUGAAAAGUAAAACCAGAAAGUUAUUUUUUGUUCUUUGGAUAAACACAUUAUGGUUCCACUAUCAGGGUCUGCAAAGCAUAUGAGGCCUGUGGUUAGGCUGUGUGUGUAUGUGUGUGUGUGUGUGUGUGUGUGCGUGUGUGUGUGAGAGUAUGGUGUGUGUAUGUAUGUGCGAGCGCAAACUACUGUAUGUGUCAGUAAUGCUUCAUAUGCUUUUUUUAGCCAAAGUUUUACUUGCUUGGUCCAGAGCUGUGAAAAUUAUCAUUACUCAUCAUGGAUUUGUAGAAAUCGAGGCCAGACACUAAGCUGUUUCUGAUCUCAGACCAGUUUCUACCAGAUCUGAGUCCAAUGACAAUUGAAAUCCUUUCCUUUUAGAACCGCAGAGUUUUGGUUGUUUUGGCACAAAUACUCAAAUUCAAUCAUGGAAACAAGUUGGAAGGAUUUCCAUGAUUUGACUCAGGUGUGGAUACUAUAAGCACAGGGCAGGGUCAAACUAAACCUUAAUGUGGAUGUAUCAAUAAGAUGUACCAUGAGUUUUUAUUUUGUCGGGGUCAUGCUUUUCUACUGUGUUCUUCAGCUUGGAAAAAAGUAGCUCUAGAGAUUUCAAUGUGCAAAAGUACCUUUUAUUUUCUCGUGGUUGGCCGUCUGAUUGUAAAUACCUUUUUCUGGUAAUCCUUGGUUGGAUCUAUGUUCGAUAAGUUCACUUAGAUGGCUCUUUCAAAUGUACUGAUAGUAAACGUUCUUUAUAAAUAACCAGAAUGUAAGACGAGUGAAGAAAAAUCCGGCUUAACUGGAAACUGUGUUUUCGUAGGAGUCUGUGCCAUCGUGUUGUCUUGAGUAUAAGCACACUGAUAUUAGAUCUGUAGGGAGGAUGAAGGUUUUGGAGGUGAUUCGCCAGACAGCCACAGCCAAGCUUUGGUUCAGUUUCUCUGGAAAAAGAGAUAUUUGGAUGAACAGAUGAAUAAUUAGACCAGCAAUAUUUGUCUCUCACAUUCCUGAUAAACAAAAAAAAAUAUUUUCAAUUGCCAUGCAAAGGAAAACCAUCAAGACCAGCGAUGAUUGGUGAAAACAUUAUUUUAUUUAUUUAUUUAGAGGACAGAAAUGUAAAUUUUAACCUUUCAUAUUUUAUAUUUUGCUAAUGGGAUAAUUUAAAUGCUCAAUAAUUUUCACCAAUCCCAUAUCUGUACGCAAAAAAAUUAAGCUGGAGCGAGAAGAGGUUAGCUUAGCUUAGCACAAAGAAUGGAUAUAGCGGGAAACAGCUAGCUAGCUAAUUAGCACUCAAAUUUGAAUGUAAAAAUGUGUCCUUGACAAAAUCUAACUUAACAAAAAUGUCAAACUAUUUUUUAAAAACAAGUCAGAACACGGUUUGCAUUCGAAAUAAGUGAACUUGACUCUAUUGGCAAAAUUUUUCACUUGUCAAUUUACCCAAAUUCCAAAAUAACAUUAACAUAACGACUGGAAGCAGUGGGAAACAUCUAGCAAGGCUCUCUCCAAAUCCACCUACAAUACAAAGUUUAAUCCGUACAAAGAUUUUAAGAGGCAGGAUAGCCGUUUCACCCUGUUUCCAGCCUUAAUGCUAAGCUAGGCGUCUCCUGGCUGUAGCUUUUUAUUUAGCGUACAGACACGAGAGUGGUAUCAAUCUUCCCAUCUGACUCUAUUAAACUAUUACUAUUCUUUUAAAAUGUGACUUUUAUGCUUUGAGCUCGACAGAUGAAAUCCCAUUUACCUCCUCUGUAUCAGGGUGGAGGCCAAUAUCUCAAAUCUUGGGCAAAUAAAACUAAACCUAUCUACAUGACAUGGUACUAAUAGAUAAGUGAGAAACUAUGAUUUUUGGAUAACAACCCUUUAAGAAAAAUCGGUGGAUGUGAUUAAACGGCUUGAUAAGAUGGUCAUAUUUUCAGUGUGCAGCUACAUGCCAAUGAACAGUUCAACACAUUAGCACAUAUUUCAAACUUAAGGAAGGACAUGUUUAAAGAGGAAAAAAAAACAGUUGUCCUGUGUUUUUUUACUCAAAUGAAAGCAGGGGCUGUCUGGCUAAAAUCUCCUGUCUUCGCUGUAGAAAUGAUGGCUGCUGUCAUAAACCGUGUUCAAACCUCUCCUGCAUCAGCUCAUAAAAACACUUUUCAGGGAUCUUCUGGUCUUUUGAGGAGUCCCAAAUUCACACCGAAUGUUUCUGAGACAACCACAAGCGAAACAGGAGAGAAGCGACAAGACACAUUGUGUAUCUCUUGUGCGUCUGUGUAUUUUGUGUCUAUGAUAACGUAAAAAGCAUUCUGGGGAAGAGUUGAAUGAUAUUUUCAAAGGCUCCAAGUGGCCGCAUUAGGAAAUGUGUUAUUUUUGUUACAAUACCUCCUGAAAAUAAAGUCUAUUUAUCUGUGAAGAGACAAAGAUUUACAAUCAUACAGAUGACUACAUAGAAAUUAUGAGAUUUUAAAUGAUGUAAAACAGAUAUAAAUGAAAACGUACAGUUCAUUUGGUUUUGAACACGAUACAGAAAUGUAUAUGCGUCAGUAUUGAGUUUGAUUUUAUAUAUUUACCAUUUUAUUACAUUGUAAUGUUGUGACUGCAAUGGAGA